GAAGCUUUCAUUUUCAUUCCAUCGAGCGCUCUAGAAAAUGCCGAUUCUCUCUCCGCCGACAUCACUCCGCGCGCCGCCGCCGCCACCGAGCUCGGCAGUCCCUCUGCUCUUCUCCUCCUCCUCCUUCCCCAUCUCCCGCUCUCCGUUCUCCGCUUUCCACUUCGAAGCCAAUCGCGCCUCGUCUCCUCCAAUCGAUCUUGGCCGUCCGUUCCCGCCGUCCCCUCUAAGCCCCACCGCUCGGCCCCGCCGCCGCCGCCGCCUCGGGGCUGCCCGUGUUCCGCCUUCGCCGCCGGAGCCCGGUCCUCCGCCCGAAAAUGGCUCUCGUCGGUUCAGAAGCGUUGCAGCAUCUUUAUCUAGACUUCAGGACAGUGUGCAGAUUUUCUUUGCAGUUCUUUUCUGGAUGUCUCUGUUUUUCUGGGCCUCUGCAUGGGACAGGAGAAAUAGACCAAGCAAAGGAUCAAGAUCUAGAAGAUGAUCUAGUUAGUUCUGCUUUGUACAUAGUAAUUGCAAGUGGAGCGAUACUUAGAAUUUAGGAUAUGAAUGAUAUUCAAAUAGAUGGUGGACACCGUUCCUAUUUUCUUAUUACUUAAUAUAUCCAGGUUCUGUAACAAUUGCAAUCACAAAACUUAUGCAACACAUACAUUCAAUUUGGCAGGAUUUAGGUUCAUUUGAUUAUCUUC